AUGAAGUUUUUCCUGGCUCUAGUUGGGACUCUGUGUCUCGGAACGGUAAUCAAAGCUCAAAGCACGGUCUCCAUUAAUGUGGCCGGUAACGUUACACUUGGUCUAACCGGCCUCAAUAAUACGAUCGCUGCAAUCAACAACACCAUUAACAAAGCGGACACGGCCAUCUGGGGAGCAUGGACCAAUUGGGCCAAUGUAUUGAUUACUAACCUAACCAGCAUAAUGAAUCGGUUUGAGGGCUAUCCUACUUCGGUUAGUUCUCAGCUGAGUUCACUGAACUAUUCAAUCGAAAACCUACAAAACAUGCUCAACACACAACCUUAUUAUUUGUUGAGCAAUUCCGAGCUGAUAGUCCUGUACUCGAACAUUUAUCAACUAGCAGAGCAAACCGGCGAUCUACUGAAUACUGUAGCGCAAAAUAUGUCCACCGAAGCAAUAUGCACGAAUGAUUAUUCAGUUCCUUGUCUACGAAAAUACGGACUUCAGCUGACGACCGCACCGGUCCUAAUGAGCCGUUUCAACAAUUGUCUCUUAGCAGAAAAUGCCAGAAUCAACAACAUCGGAAUCAACAUGACCACACAAAUCAACAGCAGCCUGGCCAUAGCUCAAACCUUUAUCAAUUUACUUUCCGUUUGUACUGUCCCUACGGCAGUGGCCUUGAACCAAACUUGGCCUCAAUUUGUGCCAGCGGCUGAUUGCCUAAGUAUGUACUUAGCCCAACUUGGCUCCCAAAUGCAAAUGAACUCACCGAGCUACGUGGUGGACAUGAUGCAGUACAGUCAGGUUCAAAUGGUCGUCUUCAGGGCCAAUCGUUGUGCCAAGUUGGCACAGUACGACAUCCAGAAUUCGGUGGUUCGUACACAGGCCGCAUUUACCAAAUGCUUAACCACUGGUUCUUGAAAUGACUUAUGGCUCGAAUAAUUUAAAGUAGGCGGUAUCCUAGAGACUAACAUAAAUUAUUAAACAACUACAUAUAGCAGACA